UUCGACUUGUUCGGCUUCUGUGUCGUAUACCGAAAUUUUACCAAAUUUUAUUUUCAGGCUUGGUUAGUUCUUUGUCGUUGUUGUGGUACUCGAUUAAAUCCAUUAAUGAUGUGCUGUUUAGAUUGUUCAACAUUUGGAUGUUUAAAACAUUUAAGAAAUGCACAUUUACAAGAAAAAGGACAUUUAUUUGCUAUGUCAACAUGUUUUGGAGAGAUUUUUUGUUUAAAAUGUGAUGAUUUUAUUUAUGACAGAAAAAUUGAAAAAAUUAGAAGGAAAUUGUUAGGUUUAAGUCUUCAACAUCGUUGGAAUCCUGGUCGUUAUGAAGCGCGUCUUUGUAGACGAAGUUCUCUUCGUUUACUUCGAUUAUUGAAUUCAAAUAAUUCUGGAAAUUCUCAACAAUCAAUUGGAGGGACUUUAUCAAUUCCUGGAUUGAGAGGACUUGUAAAUUUGGGAAAUACUUGUUUUAUGAAUAGUAUUAUACAAACACUUGUUCACAUUCCAAUGCUUAGAGAUUAUUUUCUUUCAGAUCAACAUAACUGUAAACUCUGUUCUCUUACACCAAAUUCUGAUUUAAAUACUUGUUUGAUGUGUGAGUUAUCACAUAUAUUCCAAGAAUUUUAUGGUGGUGAAAGUCUUUAUUCUCCUUUUGUACCAAAUAGGAUGCUACAUUUGGUUUGUUUUAGAUUUUUUGAGCGGGCCGUUUUCGUAGGUUUCAAGCCGAAUUCUGCAAUUUUUGGAACUCUAAAAUUUUGGAAACUUUUUGACAAAGGUUUCCUCCUGGAACCGAUCCCUUGGCUACGCCGCUAG